AGGCGUAUCGAGCUUAGCUCCUCCUUCAUUCUCUACCGCGCUCCGCCGCAGAUUCCAAACGGCGCCCGUCAGCGCCCUUCAGGGAGCGUGGAGGGGGUCACCGAAGUUUCCAAACGCCCCGACGUGGUCAGAAGAGGACAACUAAGGCGCGGGUGAUUUAGGGGAGUCGCAGGGACCUCGAGGAGCAUGAUGGGAAGACGACAAGCGUGUGGCGAAUCGUGAGGUGGGCGAAACACAGCUCUUUGUCUUCAAAGGGCACGGGAACGUCGUCACUUCCGGCAACAAUAGGAAACGUCAAAACUCGGACCGGAGGCGACUUGGGCCGCCGCAGCGGGAGCGGAGCUGAGCCUUGGAGGCGGCGGGAGCUGCGGCCGGUGCGGACACCACCAUCGCCACCUCGUUCCUUCUCCCCUCCUCGGCUGAGGCCAUAGAGCUCGAACCGGCUUCUCCAUGGCCCGGACAACCGUGCCCGGCUGAGCCGCUUUCCACUUGGCUGAAGCCACCUUCCGAAGCUGAGUCGUCGCGGCGGCGGUGGGGAUUGCAGGUGGCUCAGGCUUGCAGAUGGGUCAAGGGCUGUGGAGAGUGGCCAGAAACCAACAACUGCAACAGGAAGGCUAUAGUGAGCAAGGCUACCUAACAAGAGAGCAGAGUAGGAGGAUGGCUGCUAGCAACAUUUCUAAUGCAAACCAUCGCAAACAAACCCAAGGAGGCAUUGACAUAUAUCAUCUUUUGAAAACAAGGAAAUCUAAAGAACAGGAAGGAUUCAUUAAUUUGGAAAUGCUGCCUCCUGAACUAAGUUUUACCAUUUUGUCAUACCUGAAUGCAACUGAUCUUUGCUUGGCUUCAUGUGUUUGGCAGGACCUUGCUAAUGAUGAGCUUCUCUGGCAAGGGUUGUGCAAAUCCACUUGGGGUCACUGUUCCAUAUACAAUAAGAACCCACCUCUAGGAUUUUCCUUUAGAAGAUUGUAUAUGCAGCUGGAUGAAGGCAGCCUUACCUUUAAUGCCAACCCAGAUGAGGGAGUGAACUACUUUAUGUCCAAGGGCAUCCUGGAUGAUUCACCAAAGGAAAUAGCAAAGUUUAUCUUUUGUACAAGAACACUAAAUUGGAAGAAGCUGAGAAUCUAUCUUGAUGAAAGGAGAGAUGUCUUGGAUGACCUUGUGACAUUGCACAAUUUUAGAAAUCAGUUCUUGCCAAAUGCACUGAGAGAGUUUUUUCGACAUAUUCAUGCCCCUGAAGAACGUGGGGAGUAUCUUGAAACUCUUAUAACAAAAUUUUCACACAGAUUCUGUGCUUGUAACCCUGAUUUGAUGAGAGAGCUUGGCCUUAGUCCUGAUGCUGUCUAUGUACUGUGCUACUCUUUGAUCCUGCUUUCCAUUGACCUCACUAGUCCUCAUGUGAAAAACAAAAUGUCAAAAAGAGAAUUUAUCCGAAACACCCGGCGCGCUGCUCAGAACAUUAGUGAAGAUUUUGUAGGGCACCUUUAUGACAACAUCUACCUUAUUGGCCAUGUGGCUGCAUAAAAGCACAACUGUUAGGACUUCAGCUUGGAAGGUGAAAACAACUAAAGCUACCCAAGGAAUUAUUUUGUAGAUAUGGGGGUUACACUAGUGCUGGUCAUUCUAACCUCUGCAUACAAUCAAGUGUGUGUAUACUACCUUUUUUUUUUUUUUUUGUAGUAAUUUACCAUGGGAACUGAAGGAUUUUGCAGAAAUUUUUCUUAAUUUUACUUAUAUUUUGCACAAAGCAGAGCCAUGACAAUGCAGAGUCUGACACAACCAUUUAAGAAUGUUUAAACUGACAUUACACUAAAAAAGUGGUAAAUUUGUGCAUUUGAUUUGCUUCAGCAAUCUUAACAGUUCCAUUCUUUUAUAAAAUACCAUAUAAUGUGUACAUACUUAACUAAAGAGAUUUAUAAUCAUAAUUAUUUUAUUGUAUAGUAUUUUAACUAAAGUUUUUCCUUUUCUCUCUAAAGUUGAGUUCUCAAUUUCUUUACUACUGAUCAGAGAUUGUGAUUGUUUUCCUGAAAUCAGAUCUGAUUUCUGAGUGAUUCAUCAAUAACAAUGUUUAUUUCAUCUUUUUAAUUAGAAAGGAGGGAACUAAUUUCUAAUUAUUUUACAUCACAUAUAUGUGUACAUACAUGUGAGUGUGUGUGUAUACAUAUAUGUAGACCCAUGAUAUUAGAGAGACAGCAUAGCAUAGUGAUUAGAGUGCUAAUCCUACCUCUAACACAUACUGACUCUGUCAACAUGAUCAAGUCAUUCAGCCUCUUACUGACCUAGACAACUCUCUAAGACUAUAAAUUGCAAAUGAGCUGCUAUUUAGUAUAUACGGCAGGAGUUUCCAUAUUGGAAGUUCUGAUGUAUAGUGGUGAAAUCACCAGUUUGGUGCCACUCCCCCGACUACGUACACACGUGUACACAAACACACACACACACACAUGCAUACGUGCACGCUCGCAGUGACAUGAAGAUGCAUAAUGGGUAUAAAUGGGUUGUAGCACAUUAUCAACCAUUACUUUCAUGCAAGAGUAGUGUGUAUGUAUGUACAUAAAACCACAUAUGUAUGUGUGUGUACAUAUAAGUAUAUGUGUAUAUCUAAAGUUAACCCAUAAUUACUUUGUUAAUUCAACUUCUAAACCACUAGUUAAGCACCUACUUGAUGAAGAGUGCUGAGCAGCUAGAUACUGAGUAACAUUUUUUAAUUAUAUGAGACAUGAUCCUUACCCUCUUGGAAUUUACAAUUUAAUAGCAUUUAAAUUUUCUGUUCCAUACAGGUACAUCCUAUGAUUUAAAAAAAAAAACAACAAACUUUAACAACUCUAAGAUACUAUAACAUUCUUAUUCAGCAUAGAUUACAUUUGUGUUUAAAGGAUUUCUUUUCCUCAGCACUUGAAUAAAUCAGAAUAAAGUAUUCA